AUGGCGCGUGAUGGCUAUAAUCAUAAUCGCAAUCGGCUGUUCUUCACAGGUCCGCGUGGCAACCCGGUCGAGUGCCAGGUGUACCUGUGGAAAGGGCGCAUCUACCGGGCCGAGUACCGACCGAACGAGGUCGGAUCUCACAAGGUGGACGUCAUCUACAACGACCUCGCCAUUCCCGGAUCUCCGUUCGUCUGCGAGGUGUAUGACGUCAGCAAGAUCCGCGUACACGCCGCUGAUGACGGUGUCGUCGGACAGACGCUCAACUUUAAAGUUGACACGUCGCAGGCGGGUUACGGCAACAUCGAGCCGGAGAUGAAGGCGCGUGGCCACGACGUGCCUCUGCGUAAGCUCAACCAGGGUAGCGGCAUCUACAUGCUCACCUUUACGCCGCAGGAGCCCGUGCGCACCAAACUCUACCUCACCUUCAACGGACACCCAGAAGCCCGUCCGUCAAAGGGUUCUGUUGGCAGUCCGUUUGAGGUGCACGUGAAGGAUUUUGCAAUGCAGCAGACUCACCUUGGAUUGACCCACGAGCCGGGCCACGUUGUCGCCAGCGGCAGGGGCCUGAAGGGUGGUCGCGUGGGCGACAGGCUCUGGUUUGUCGCAGAGGUUCACACAGCUGAGGGACAGCUAGAGACCUUCAUCACAGCGCCGAACGGCAGCCACAUUCAGGCGCGGCAGAGCAAGCAGAAAGAUGGCGACUACAAGAUCGACUGGUCGCCGACCGUUCCCGGGCGAUAUCAGAUCGACGUGAUGCAGAGCGGACGCGCGAUCAUGGGCAGCCCGUUCUACGCUGAAGUCUACGACCCGAGCAGAGUUGUCAUAGAGGAAGUCACCCAGGCGAUGGUCGCACACGAGGCUGGGUUUAAAGUCAUCUACGUGGACGCGGGCCGGGCCGACCUGCUCGUGACGAUCACAAGCCCCUCAGGUGGCAACCUUCCCUUCGACAUACACGAGGGCAGUGGCUUCACCUACAUCAGUUACGUCGCGCAGGAGCCCGGCAAGCACAGAGUUGUCAUCACCUACGGCGGAGACGACGUGCCUCGCAGUCCACUGACUGUACUUGCUGACGAGGCACAAGCCGGCAUGGUCAUAGCGACGGGCGAUGGACUUUACAGAUGCCUUGUGGAUGAGGAAGCUCAUUUCACUGUACGUGGGCUGAAGGACCAACCUGUUGUGCGGGUGGACGGUCCGAAUUCCAUCGCGAAGGUGACCGUGAGACCCGUGCCUGAGCAGGGAUGGAAGAUUUUCUACACACCUGUAGAAGUGGGAAUCUUUAAUAUCAAAAUAUUCGGCAACGGCAGGGAAAUAACAGGGAGCCCCUAUCACCCCAAGGUCACAGAUCCGCGCAGGGUGAAGGUCGUCGGUGGCUGGCACAGCAUCAUGGACGCCAACAAUAGGCUCUACCUGAAGGUCGGAGAGGAGAAACGCAUUCAGUUCGACAUCACUGAGGCUGGUCCAGGGGAGAUCAUGGCCGACGUAGACGGUCCCCACGACCAAGUGCCGGUGGCUGUGGAGAAACCGAGUGACACGAGGCGGAGAGUCUGCUUCACGCCUCCCAUCGAAGGUCACUACGAACUAUCACUAUUCUGGAACAAAGUGCCAUUGCCAAAAUCGCCGAUGGAAGGUUACGCGACGCUUUCGAGUCCUUCACGAAGCCCGGUGUCGCCAUCUAAAGGCAGCAUGACUAGACAUGUGGUUGAAUCGUCGAGCAUGACUACCAAGCACAUUUCCGGCACAGAGGGCAACACCAAGGUGAUUCUGCGUGGCCGAGGAUUACAGGAGGCGAAGACAAAACAAGAGGCAGAGUUCAUCAUUGAUGGUUCACACUGCGCACCCGGAAGACCAGUGGCGAGCAUUCAGAGUACAUCUAAGAGUGGAUUUGGAAUACCAGUCGACGUGGAACAGAUUGACAACAAUGUGUAUCGCUGCGUGUACGUGAUCAACACGCCUGGCGCCUACCUCCUGAACAUCAUGUGGGGUGACAGACACGUCAGCGGGUCACCGUUCAAGGUCAGCGUCACGGGCAGCCUGUGUGACCCGAACAAGGUCACCUUGAGCGGCGAAGGCUUGAAGGGCGGUGUCAUCGGGAGAGAUCUGGUGUCGAAGAUUGACACAAGGAGAGCAGGACCCGGUGAACUGACCGCGCAUUGCGUCGGACCGCAGAAGGUAGCCUACUGUGAGCUGUUUGACCACCGCGAUGGCACGUACACUCUCAACAUUCGCCCGCAGGAGGCAGGCAAGCACACACUGCACGUGAAGUAUGACGGAGAAAACGUACCAGGCUCCCCGUUUGUACUGAGGGUGGCCGGCGCGCCGGACGCAAGCAAGGUGAAGGUGUACGGGCCAGGCAUCGAGGACGGAGUGCUGGCGCUCUACCAGAGCCGCUUCAUCUGUGAGACGCGAGGUGCCGGCGCCGGCCAGCUUACCGUCAGGAUCCGCGGACCGAAAGGUGCGUUCAGGGUUGAGAUGCAGAGAGAGAGCCAGAAGGAUCGGACGAUUCUGUGCAAGUACGACCCGACGGAGCCCGGCGAGUACUUUGUUCACGUGAAGUGGUCCGGCGUCGACGUUCCCGGAAGUCCGUUCAAAGUUUGCAUCUUCGACACUCAGGACGAACUCGAGCGGUACCGAAGAGGGGGCUGGGUGCCAACAUGGGGUCCAGUCGAACCCCAACAUGGCGGCAGCCUCUACUCACCGGUGUAUAGACCAGCAAUCCCGUGGGGCCAGGACAUGUAGGGAUAAAUCUGCAGUGUAUUGAAUGAACAAGCAAACAUUCACGUUUGUAAACUUCUACAAAAGGAACUCGUAAAUUGUACUAUUUGCCUGUUACUAGCAUAUCACAGACGUGCUGUUUUACGCUCGGCAUUGAAAUGGAAAUUAUGGCAUGAAUGGCUGUUAUUACAAAUGAGAUUUGUUUAAGAAUACACGUUCGUAAAACUUAAAUAUUUACGCAGCAGAAUACUCAAAUCUUAUACUCACGUGCACAAAUGUUUUUAGUCCAUUCGCAUGAUCUGACAAUGCUUCUCACAGAAUUUCAGCCCACGAUUUGCCAGAAAUGUCAGUGCAGAAGAAAACGGCAUGAUUGUUGAAAGAUAGAUUAAGAUCAAAAGCAUUUUUAGCCAGACGUGUUACGUGUUAGUUUUAGAGAUGGCAAAUAUAGGUACUUGUGAUAAAAGUAGUAUAAUUAUUUGAUUAAUCACAAUUAUAUGUAGGUAGGCAACGGAGAUAGAAUAUACAUAUAUAACAUACUCAUGGUAAUAAUACUCGUCGUAGUCUUUAUCACAUCUGGCAGCAAGCUUGCAGCAAUUUUUUAAGUAUGAGAAUUCUAUCAGGAGUGAAUAAUCCUGUUUAUAUAUAUAUAUAUAUAUUACAGCUGUAAUGUGCCUUGUCCAUUAAUCGCUAAUAUGGUGAACAGACAAAUGAUGUUAACUGUAGACAUUAUGUGAGGUGAUCGGUGCUGGAGAUGAAAUCUUUAUUGACAUUUUAUCUUUUCAUCUUGCAUGAUAGAUAGACGAUACAACGUAUUUUUAGUUUAGAGGGCUCUUGACUGUUAACUUUUAUUUACUAUAUACAAGUAUCUUCAGUAUUUAUCGAGCGAAUAUUUUUUAUAAUAUUUUGACAAUAAUGUUUCUGCGGAGGAUUUUCAUUUUUUUAAAUGAAAUGGUUUUAUACGUAGACAAAUAUCGGUUAAAAUUAAUAAUGUGAAAUUAUUAAUACUGUAGUGGGAUAUAUUAUACAAGUUUGUGUGGAGUAUCCUGUGGCGGGUCUCGGAUACUUUAAAGGCAACUAAUAAAUUUUAUAGUAACUAGAA